AUGGUGGUGCUGGCUUUUGUGUACGACCAAGGACUGAUUGCGAGAGUCAUAGAGGAGAAGAAGAUUGGGUACAUGAUCCCUCGGGACGAGACAGAAGGUUUCUUUACCAAAGAAAGUGUUGCUAAGUCGUUGAGAUUGGUAAUGGAAGAUGAAGAAGGAAAGAUCUAUAGAGAGAAUGUGAAAGACAUGAAACAAGUGUUUGGAGACAUGGACAGGCAAGAUCGUUAUGUUGAUUCUUUCUUGGAUUAUCUUGUUGCUAAUCGUUAA